CGCUUUUCAAAACGCUCUUCUGCAACAUCUAGGGUUCUUUCACCGCGCUAGUAGAUCCAUCAGCGAAGCAACGAAGCAGCAGAAUGGGUCACAGUAACGUUUGGAAUUCUCACCCGAAGAAAUACGGUCCUGGAUCUCGCACUUGCCGUGUGUGCGGAAACUCCCACGGCCUCAUCAGGAAGUAUGGACUGAACUGCUGCAGACAAUGCUUCCGUAGCAACGCCAAGGAGAUUGGCUUCAUCAAGUACCGCUGAAGAAUCAUAGCAACAGCAUCCAUUGGCAUGGCUUGGUGGAACUGGUGACCCUCUUGUGUGAUUUCAACAAGUAAUGUCUUGUUUUUCUUUCCAAUGAUCGAACCUUUAAGUUUAUAUUUUAGUUUUCUGGUUGUUUGAAUUAGGAAGACUGAAAAACCCGGUUUUGAAGUAACACAGAUUCUCAUCUUAUAUAUCGUCUCCUGCUUAUAUAGUCCUUUAUAUUUAGAUUUUUGGUGUGAA